GCCCACCCUCUGCUGGUCGUCCCCUGCCCGGCUCUCCAAAGACCCCGCCGAGCGGGCGCCACGACCCCUUCCCGGCGGUCCCCGCGCCGUGUGCGGCGCGUGCUCUCGCCGGUGACCCGGCGUGCGUGGGGUCAAGGCGCCGAGCGGAGCGGCUCGGGGCCGCGGCGCCAUGCGAAGGGGCGAGCGCAGGGGCGCCGGGGGGCUGCGGCCGGGGUCCCCCGCGCCCGCGGGCAAGGCCUCGCUGGAGGAGCCGCCUGACGUUCGGCCUGCGGGGCGGGCAGUGGGGGACCGCUCCGAGCCGGGCGGGGGCCGCCGGAGCACCGAGUCGGAGGUCUACGAUGACGGCACCAACACCUUCUUCUGGCGGGCCCACACCUUGACCGUGCUGUUCAUCCUGACCUGUGCACUUGGCUACGUGACUCUGCUGGAAGAGACACCCCAGGACACAGCCUACAACACCAAGAGAGGUAUUGUGGCCAGUAUUUUGGUUUUCUUGUGUUUUGGAGUCACACAAGCUAAAGAUGGGCCAUUUUCCAGACCUCAUCCAGCUUACUGGAGGUUUUGGCUCUGCGUUAGUGUGGUCUACGAGCUGUUUCUCAUCUUUAUACUCUUCCAGACCGUCCACGACGGCCGGCAGUUCCUGAGGUACAUUGACCCCAAGCUGGGGGCUCCGCUGCCAGAGAGAGACUAUGGGGGAAACUGCCUCCUGUAUGAUGCAGAGAACAAGACCGACCCCUUCCACAACGUCUGGGACAAGCUGGACGGGUUUGUCCCCGCACACUUCCUCGGCUGGUACCUGAAGACCCUGAUGAUCCGCGACUGGUGGAUGUGCACGAUCAUCAGCGUGAUGUUCGAGUUCCUCGAGUACAGCCUGGAGCACCAGCUGCCCAACUUCAGCGAGUGCUGGUGGGACCACUGGAUCAUGGACGUGCUCGUGUGCAACGGGCUGGGCAUCUACUGUGGCAUGAAGACCCUGGAGUGGCUGUCCCUGAAGACGUACCAGUGGCAGGGCCUCUGGAACAUCCCCACCUACAAGGGCAAGAUGAAGAGGAUUGCCUUCCAGUUCACACCCUACAGCUGGGUCCGCUUCGAGUGGAAGCCCGCCUCCAGCCUGCGCCGCUGGCUGGCUGUGUGCGGCAUCAUCCUGGUGUUCCUGUUGGCGGAGCUGAACACGUUCUACCUGAAGUUCGUGCUGUGGAUGCCCCCGGAGCACUACCUCGUCCUCCUGCGGCUCGUCUUCUUCGUGAACGUGGGCGGUGUGGCCAUGCGCGAGAUCUACGACUUCAUGGACGACCCGACACUCCACAAGAAGUUCGGGCAGCAGGCCUGGCUGGUGGCCGCCAUCACGGCGACCGAGUUCCUGAUCGUGGUGAAGUACGACCCACACACGCUCACCCUGUCGCUGCCCUUCUACAUCUCCCAGUGCUGGGCGCUCGGCUCCGUCCUCGUGCUCACCUGGACCGUCUGGCGCUUCUUCCUGCGGGACAUCACUCUGCGGUAUAAGGAGAUCCGGCGGCAGAAGCAGGAGAGCAGGGACCACAAGGGCCACACCGUCAGCAGCGGGGACGGGCACUCACCCGGACGGGGGGAUGACCAGCCGGGGUCCGCGACAGCCGAGCGGGAGGGCGGGCCAGCUCCCAGCUGACCUGCUGUUUGUGACUCUCCCUUGUCCGCCUUCUGAUUGUCCUGUUUCUUGCUAGAACCUUCUGACAGGCCCUCAGCCCUUGUGAUUUUGUUUUCCUUGCCUCUCAGCUGAAGCGUCUCCUCACGGAGGUGCCUGUGCGCACGUUGGGCUGAGGAGGGCGUGAGGGCCCUUCCUGGACCCUGUCCACGAGCAUGAGUGUGUGUGUGUGUGCACAAGCGUCCUGAGGCUUCUCUCGAGCCGUGAGCUGGCAGGCAGGACCGGGCCUGUAGGGCAGCUGGUCCCACUGGAGUCUGGGUCUUUCCCCCUCAAGAACGGAUCCCCUUCCUCCCCUCCCUCACGUCAGCCGUGCGCACGUCCCCGUCCUACCUGCCUCCGUGCGGUGGCCUUUGAGCAGUGUGGCCCCAGACCCGGCUGCACCUCCACUCAGCCGCUGGCUGCCCGGUGUGAAGGACAGUGAUGCGCGGCCUCCCCGAGGCCGCCGGGCAGUGGCGGGUCAGAGCCGGGGAUGGGGGCCCCUUCCUGUGGUGGGAAUGGGGAGCAGGAGCCGCUGGCCUGGCCUUUCGAGGAAACAUGUGGAAACACCAGGGCCCCGGGGGCGUCUGCUCAGCAGCUCCUCCACAAGCAGGGAGAACAAAGUGACGAAGGUCUGCAGCUUCGGGUCACCUCGCUGUCCCCAGGCUUCCAGGUCCAGGCCCCACCCUGGGUGGCACACGCUGAGGGGCAGGGGUCAUGGGCUUUGUCCUGCUGGGCAGCCCCCCCGGUCAGACCUGGCAACCGUCUUCGUCCCCAGCACUAGAGGCCCCUUCGUCAGCCCUGGCCCAGGCCCACCUGUGAGCAGAGCCGGUCCCACCACCAGGUGCCUGUGUGUCACCAGGCCCCUCGCUGGAGGCUCGGCUGAGGGCCGUGCGGCAGGAAGACGGGGGCCAUUCGUGGAGGAGGACGGGCAGGAGGGGUGGGCGGGCUCGUGGACUCUGGGGCGACCAGCCGAGGUACCUGGGCCCACAGGAGGUGGCGGAGGGUGGGAUUUCCAAGGAGGGACGUGUCUUUGUAGGCUGAUAGCUAUAAGGUCAGGAUGAAAGGUUUCAGGUAUUUGCAAACGAAGAGGAAAGCACGGUGAGUUCCACGUUCACCUCCAGCUGCGAGGACCCUCCUUCCGUGGCCGUCACGUUCCCUCUCGCUCGGACGCGGCCAGCAGGGUUGUGGUGCUGUGAGCUGCUCGCAGGCCCUGGCCCCAAAAGGCUUUGCUUUCUUUGUUUUUUCCCCUUAACAUUUAUUUUGUUUUAAAGUUAUCAACCAUUUUUAAAUUAUUGCCUAAUACAAUUGUCUUUUGAAACAAAUAGGAAAAGAAAGUUACAAGUAAAAAUAAGUUUGUGCAUUCA